AGUCCACUACACUGCUGUUCUCUACACAAACUAGCAGCACAUCAUCGGCUGUGACAGUCGCGUUUAUUGAGCAGAAAGUCGCUCUGAUGAGCCGCUGCGCGUCGAUUAUGCUCGCGCGUCUCCGCUGCUCUUUCUUCGCACUCGGAGCGCCGGGAGUCGCUAGAGAGCCUCUGCUGCGGGGAGCCGUCGGACUGAUGGAGACUCCGUCCUCCAGGAAGAGCAGGCCUGUCAGAGACACGCUGCGCCGUGUGAAGAUGAAGGAGAACCGCAGGCAGGGCGAGCUGCACGGGCCCACCACCGUCUAUGUGCAGGUGCUCGGCGCCGGGAGUCGAGACAAUGGCGCCUCGCUGUAUGUCUUCUCUGAGUACAACAGGUAUCUGUUUAACUGUGGUGAAGGAACACAGAGACUGAUGCAGGAACACAAAAUAAAAAUUGCACGCUUGGACAACAUCUUCCUCACCAGGAUGAGCUGGGAGACGGUCGGCGGUUUAUCAGGGAUGAUCCUGACCCUCAAAGACACUGGAGUCCCUCAGUGUGUCCUGUCAGGACCGCCGCAGCUGGAGAGAUAUUUACAAGCCAUUCGAGUGUUUUCAGGGCAGCUGGAGGACAUUAAACUUGCUGUCAGACCUUAUACAGAACCUCAAUAUAAAGACGAAACGAUGACCGUCAGUCAAGUUCCUCUGUUCUCUGAGGCCGGAAGACGGUCUCCAGGCUCUGGCCGCAGCAGCAGUCCUAACAGCAGUCAGAAGGGGGCCCUCAGGAGACUGGACGACCUGGAGGAGAGUCAGAGUCUCGGCUCCAGUCCAGAAGCCAAAGGAAAGAUUACUAGAGAUUCAUCUCUCGUGGUGGCUUACGUGUGUAAGUUGCACUCAAAGAAAGGGAACUUCCUGGCACUGAAAGCUAAAGAGAUGGGCCUGCCGGUAGGAACAGCAGCCAUUGGACCCAUAAUCGAAGCUCUGAAAGCUGGAAAAACUGUGACGUAUGAUGGAAAAGAGAUCCGACCCGAGGAGCUGUGCACACCGGCUGAUCCCGGACCAGUUUUCAUAGUCGUCGACUGUCCAUCAGAGGACUUCAUUCAGCCGCUCUGCACCAAUCACAUCUUACAAAGGUAUCAGACGGGCGGAUCUGAGGAUUCUGCGGCUCUCGUGGUUCACAUGACGCCUGAAUCAGUGCUGGACACGGAUCCGUACAAGAGCUGGAUGGAGAGGUUUCCCAGCAGCACUGAGCAUCUGGUGAUGAACGAGCAGACGUUCACGCCGCACAACACCCGCAGUCACAAACUCCAGACGCAGCUCAAUCUCAUCCAUCCGGAGAUCUUCCCUCCGCUCAAACUCUACAAGACCAAAGAGCCGCGGGCUUCUCUCCACAUUCCUAACGUCAGAGCCGAGUGUCUGAUGAAGUUUCAGCUUCGGCCCAAACUGGAGUGGCAAAGAGAUGCCAUCCCAUCCUGCGACUCUGAGGAGUUUGUGAAGGAAGCAGCCGAAGUGCCAAACUUCUUACAGGAAGUUGAGGAAUGCACGGCUGCAUCCAUCUCCACAUCUGGUGAGAAGUUUCCUGAGAUCGUGUUUUUGGGCACCGGCUCGUCUCUGCCGAUGAAGAUCAGAAACGUCAGCGGGACUUUAGUGAACAUCAGCUCAUCUCAGUCGCUGCUGCUGGAUUGUGGGGAGGGAACGUUCGGCCAGAUGUGUCGUCAUUACGGCGAUGACGUGGACGAGAUCCUCUCCAGACUCUCCACCAUCUUUGUGUCGCACCUUCACGCAGAUCAUCACACGGGUUUGAUUCAUUUAUUAUUGGAGCGAGAGAGAGCUCUGAACAGUCUAGGUAAAGCGUUCAGUCCCGUGUACCUGAUCGCUCCCGCACAGAUCAUGACGUGGUUGAACCAGUAUCACGAUCACUGCCAGCAGAUCCUCAGCCAGAUCAAUAUGAUCCCGUCAAAGUUUUUGUGUGAUGGUGCUGAGAUUCCCAAAGUCAAGACCAAAUCCUUCAUUCAGGCUCUUCUGAAGAAGAAUGACCUGGUCAAGCAUGUCAGCUGUAAUUUAUCUGUGUGUGUGUGGUGGAGAGAGUUUGAUUCAUCUCUUGGUUUGCUCUCAGGCAAGAAUGCAACACUUUUGAUUCAUGAAGCCACACUGGAGGACAGGAUGGAGGAAGAAGCGUGCGAGAAGAGACACAGCACCACGUCUCAGGCUAUCGGCAUCGGGAUGAAGAUGAACGCUGAAUUCAUCGUGUUGAAUCACUUCAGUCAGCGGUACGCUAAGAUCCCUCUCUUCAGCGAUGACUUCAACAGCAAAGUGGGGAUCUCCUUCGACCACAUGAGGAUCCGAUUUGGAGAUUUCCCGAUGCUUCCCCAGCUCAUUCGACCUCUGAAGGCAUUGUUUGCAGAGGAGAUUGAAGAGAUGGAGGAGAGGAGAGAAAGGAGAGAGAUGAAGAAAACUGCUGAGCCUCCAUCUAAUGGAGAGUCUGGAAUGAGCCGACGACCUGAAGAGACGAACAGAGUCACCAAGAGAAAGCAAGAUGACCUCAACCAGGAAGCAGCCAUCAAACGACUUAAGACUGAUGGGCAACCAAUCAGGGUGAAGGUUAGAUCAGCCCAACCAAUCAGAAGGCAGGCUGGGGAAAAACUGAACCAAUGGGCUAUGAUCUUAAAAUGUAUAUGGGUAGAAGUCUGCAGUGUCCGACUGGAAAAGGUGAGAUUAAAACAGCUGGAGAUUAAUCUGAGUUUCAAGUGAACACUGAAAUGCAGCGUAUUGGUUCCUGGCUGGGAUCAGAUCUGGAGUCAGUCCCGCUGUGAUCGAUUUGACUAAAGCUGCAGGUUGAUGGUGGAAAAGUACAUUACCUUAACCUUUGAAUGUUUGCCAUUUUAAUUUCAGCCCUCCAGCUUCUUUAAACCUGAAACAGAAACAUUUCAGCACUAAAGGAAGAUGUUAGGUUUGGCAUUUUCAUUUGGGAGCGAUGCAGGAUUUCAGUUUAAUUUGAAUCAGGUAGGUUUUUUGGCAAGUAAACUGAAUGCAGUGGUAUGUGGGGGAAAAAAGCACUUGUACAUUUCUGUAUGUAAUAUUUUAUUUUAGGUCUAUGAAAUGGCUGAUCAGUUUAAGCUUUUCUAAUUAUUUUUGGAAAAUAAAUGUAAAC